AUGUCAUCAUCGUCGCGCAAGAUCUCGUCCGAGUCGUUCAGCAGCUCGGUGGGUUCGGACUGCGGGCUCGAGAGCCCCGGUGGAGACGGAGGGGACGGCGGUCCGGAGCCGGCGGAGGAGAGCCGAGGCUGCCCCUUCUCCUCCCUCCACUCCUCCUCCCACAGAGCGGUGCUCUGGAACGGACGCAGCCCCGCCGACAGGCCGGCGUGCCCGGCGGGCGAGGAGCAGCAGCAAGGACCCGGUGCUCCCCACAAGAGGGUCACCAGGAGGAGACGGGUUAACCUGGACUCACUGGGGGAGAGCCUGAGGCGAAUGACCUCACCCACGACACAGACUGUUCAGGAUGCUCUACAGCGAACUCUACAAUUCUACAGACAACAAGAGAUCAGGUGUCAGGAAGUUGGUAAUGAGGAGAGGCAAAGAGAGAGGAGAGAUGAAAAGUGCCCAUUUCUUGAAAAUUCUGGUUCAGAAGAAGAUGUCCUACAAAUCCUACAGUACAUGGCAACCAUACUGGGAAUACCAUUCUGUGAGCUGCGAGAGCAUUUCGGAGAAGAGUUCUUCGGCCUCUGCUUUGAAGAAAAUGAACGAGUGCUUCGGGCCGUAGGCGGCAACCUCCAGGACUUCUUCAAUGGUUUUGACGCCAUUCUGGAACACAUUCGCACCUCCACGGGCCGCCGUGCCUCAUCUGAGAGCCCCUCCUUCCAGUGCAAGGAUCCCUACGAAGAGGAGAAAGGGAGAAGAAAAUUGGAUAAUGUUGGAGAGCGAGGAGAAGGAGAUGGAAGAGGGAAGGUGUUGCUUCUUCAUUGUUUCAACCCUGCCUCUGUUGUUGGCUUGGUCAUGCCAGGGUUGAUCAGAGCUGUUGCCAGGCGGAUCUUUCAUUCAGAAGUUGAGGUGGAAGAGGUGCCACCACUAACUCCCUUAUUGCCCAAUGAAGACACAGAACACACAGACGGAGACUCCACAACCCCCACCCCGACUGCGUCCCCACCUGCCUCGCCCUCCUCGUCCCCGUCUCCUCCCUCUCCUUUCCAAACCGCUGUUCCCACAGUUUGCGUGUCCUUCCAGAUCCAGGAGACAUGCCCUCCUUCCCACUCCUCCCUCCCAAAUUCUGCCUCAGUGAGCCCUGAGCGCCCCCCUCUUUCACUCUCCAACAACCCCAGUGAUCUGCGCAUAGGCCUGGCCACGUUUUGCCGUGCCUUUCCGUUUCACCUUGUUUUGGGGCCUCGCAUGGAGCUACUGCAGCUUGGAGAAGGAUUGAGGAGACAGGCUCGCAUUGAGCUUCACCGGAGCGUCUUGUUCAGGGACUGUUUUGAGAUUGUCUCACCCAAGAUGGAGCCUUCGUUCCAGGGCAUCCUGCUGAGACUUGCGUCCCCAUUUACCAUCCGCACCAGGCCUGAUACAACGCAGUCCGGCACCAAGGAGAAGGUUAUGGAGUUGAAGGGUCAGAUGAUCCAUGUGCCCGAGUCCUGCUCCCUGAUGUUUCUGGGUUCGCCACGUGUUGAUAAAUUGGAGGAGCUCAUGGGCAGGGGCCUCCACUUGUCAGAUAUCCCUAUCCAUGAUGCCACGCGGGACGUUAUCCUGGUUGGGGAGCAGGCCAAGGCCCAGGAUGGCCUGAAGAAGAGAAUGGACAAACUUAAGGCCACAUUAGAGCGGACUCACCAGGCACUGGAGGAGGAAAAGAGGAGAACCGUGGAUCUCCUUUAUUCCAUAUUUCCAGGUGAUGUGGCGCAGAAACUGUGGCAGGGUCAGCCAGUGCCCGCUCGCAAAUUCGAUGAUGUGACCAUGCUGUUCUCAGACAUCGUGGGAUUUACUGCUGUGUGUGCCCAGUGUACACCUAUGCAGGUCAUCUCCAUGCUGAACGAGCUUUACACACGCUUUGACUACCAGUGUGGCAUUCUGGAUGUUUAUAAGAUCGAAACAAUAGGCGAUGCUUACUGUGUGGCAGGAGGACUUCACAAGAAGGUUGAUAGUCAUGCAAAGCCAAUCGCACACAUGGCUCUGAAGAUGAUGGAACUUUCUGAAGAAGUGCUGACACCAGAUGGGAAACCUAUCAAGCUAAGGAUAGGUAUCCACACAGGUUCGGUGUUGGCAGGCGUGGUCGGGGUUAAAAUGCCACGUUACUGCCUGUUUGGGAACAAUGUGACACUGGCCAGCAAGUUUGAAUCGGGGAGCCACCCAAGGUGUAUCAAUGUUAGUCCCACAACUUACCAGUUGCUGAAAGACGACCGUUCUUUUUCAUUUGUCCCUCGCUCCCGGCUGGAGCUCCCAGAGAAUUUUCCCAAAGAGAUCACAGGGACAUGUUAUUUCCUGGAGGCGGGAACAUCUCACAGCCAUGCCUCAUUGACCAGCUCUCGCUCCGCCCCCCCGGCCUCUAUGAGGAAAGUCUCCUACAGCAUUGGGACCAUGUUUCUAAGAGAAACAAGUUUGUAG